CAUACAAAAUAAUAAUAAUCACAAUAAUAAUGUUUUCAUUGAUUACAAGAAUGGCAACAUCAUCAUCCUCAAGUUUUAUCAACAACAAAUCACCCUUCCCUAAUUGUGACCUAUUCCACCAUCCAAUUUCCUUUAUCAAUAUUACUAAUUACCCAAAAUUGCCGCUGCAGGUGGCUCUCCGGGAGCGGCUCAUCUCUUCCCGGACCCGGAGGUUCAGUAUGGGAGCAACGUCGCAAACCACCACCGUGGAUUCGGGCAAUGAAAAAUGGGGUGAAAAUGAAGAAGAUAGAGUGGUCAAAUUGCCCGGUGGCCUCCGCCCGGAGCUGAUGCCGGAACAUGUUGCCGUAAUCAUGGACGGGCAUGGAAGAUGGGCCAAGGAAAGAGGGUUGUCGACGAACCAAGGCCACCUUGCAGGGCUCAAAAGAUGUGAAAGGCUUGUCCGAAUGGCCUCGUCGACUUUCGGAAUUAAGGUUCUUACUGUCUAUGCGUUUUCUAGUGACAAUUGGAAACGAUCCAAGGUGGAAACUAGCUUAUUGAUGAAAAUCAUUGAGGAAUUCAUAAUAUCAUCUGUUAUGGAACUAACAAAAAGUCACAACUUGCGCUUGUCCGUCAUCGGGGAAAGAUCUAAGCUUCCGUCAUCCCUGCAAUCGGCAAUAUCUCAUGUCGAAGAAUCGAGCAAAGCCAACAAAGGAAUGCAUCUCGUGAUGGCGAUUAGCUAUAGCGGUCAUCUCGACAUUGUACAAGCGACCAAGAAGGUCGCGAGCAAAGUGAAGGAUGAGAAUUUACAAGUUAACAAUAUAAACAAUGAUGUAUUACAACAACACCUCAUGACAAAUCUCAUCCAAGUUCCCAAUCCCGAUUUGCUCAUAAGGACUAGUGGCGAGCAGAGGUUGAGCAACUUCUUGUUGUGGCAAUCGGCCUACACAGAAUUAUAUUUCGUUGAAAAGGCAUUCCCCGACUUUGAUGAGCCCGAUCUUGCCGAGGCUUUGAAUUUUUUCCAGCAUCGGAAGAGACGGUUUGGCGCACGUGAUAUUAAAGAUGCAACUUGUUAAUUUCAUAAAGGUAUUAGUUAAUCUUGUAAUGGUCUAAUCAAACAUCCUAGGAUGGAAGAUGCCAACAACUUUGCAAGUCAAUA